AUGAAGAAGAAAGGUGGAGCUAUCUGGUGCGGCGCGGCCGCGUAUUCUUUCUUGCUGCUCCUUCUUUUGAGCACGGCGAGCCGUAUCUCGGCACUGUCCGUGACGGUGGACGACGUUGAGUGCAUAUACGAAUACGUAUUGUACGACGGAGACACGGUUUCCGGGAAUUUCGUGGUCGUAGAUCAUGAUAUCUACUGGGGCAAUGAUCAUCCGGGCAUUGACUUUACUGUGACAUCUCCAUCGGGUAAUACUGUACACACAUUGAAAGGAACAUCUGGGGAUAAAUUCGAGUUUAAGGCUCCUAGAAGUGGAAUGUACAAAUUCUGUUUCCAUAAUCCUCAAUCCACACCCGAAACAGUCUCUUUCUACAUUCAUGCUGGCCAUAUUCCCUCCGAACAUGACCUGGCGAAGGAUGAGCAUCUUGACCCCAUUAAUGUUAAAAUCGCUGAAUUGCGGGAGUCACUUGAGUCUGUUACUGCAGAGCAGAAGUACUUGAAAGCACGUGAUGCACGUCAUCGACAUACAAAUGAAAGCACAAGGAAGCGUGUGAUAUUCUACACGGUUGGGGAAUACCUUUUGCUUGCACUCGUGAGCGGGAUUCAGGUUGUGUACAUACGUCGCUUGUUCAGCAAGUCAGUCGCAUAUAACCGUGUUUGA